AUGAACGCAUAUGCGUAUCGAGCACUCGAGGGCCCGGAAUACAUCAGACUCAUUGUGCUGCAACCAGCUUUGUCCAAGGCCACACCUCUACGAAUAGACUUUGUUUCAUCAAAACUCGAAGAUGUCGAAGGAGAUUACGACGCUGUUUCUUACACGUGGGGAGAACCAGUUUUGACGUUUCCCUUAUAUGUUGGCGAGGACGGCAUGCAGGUCUACGUUACGGAAAAUCUCGAUCGGGCACUUCGAUACCUACGCUACGAAACUCGCGAACGACUGCUUUGGGCUGAUGCUGCGUGCAUCAAUCAGAAAGAUAAUGAAGAAAAAGCGAUUCAAAUACCUUUAAUGGUCCAAAUCUUCCGAGGUGCGAGGAGAGUGAUGGCUUGGCUUGAUCCUGGCGGCGAUACUACGGUCGAGCAGAAAGGCAUGCGUUUACUAGACCGUAUAUCUCGACUAUCCAACACCACCCGAACGGACAGAUCAUACAAACAUUUCAGCACAGUCCUGCAAUUCCUCAAUCUUCCCUGGUUCAACAGACUCUGGAUAGUACAAGAGGUUGUCUUCAAUGUAGAGGUCUGCUUGAUAUGUGGUGAAAUGGAACUCCCCUUUUCCCGACUUGUCUCUGCGCUUUCUAUCAUAAAACGUGAGGAUUCAUGGCACGAGCCUGGUGGCGAGGCAAAAUCGGAAGCCAUUGUGGAGAUUGGGAGACUCUGGAAUAUCUAUUCGCUCUUUCGCGAGAACAAUACUGAAGAAGAAACGGCUGUCAGAGGUGAAACCCAGAUUCUUCCCUUGCUGGAGAAGUUUGGGUUGUACGAAUGCACUGAUCCACGGGAUCGCAUAUUCGCCUUGUGUAGUAUGGCCAACGAUGUAAGACCU